CGAAACAAAUGGUUAUAUCUUGAUGAUAAUAACUAUGAUGCUCAACUAAAAAAAUUACAUUCACCAGGAUAUCCUCUUAUUGAAAAAGUUAUGGAAAGAUGGUUACAAUAUGCAUUUGCGCAACAAUUAACUUUAACAGAUGAAAUUCUUGCAGAAAAAGCAAAACGAUUUGCAACUGAUCUUGGUGAUCAAAACUUUCAUGAUGAAUUUGAAUUUAAUAAUAAUAUCUUUGAUGAGGACAGUGAAUUGAAUAAUCAAAUACAUGACAUAGAUGAGAUGAUUUUUAAACUUCCAUUAAAUAAUCUACUUAGUGCCGAUGAGUACUUACAUCUUGAUGAUAUUUUACCAAUCGAAGACUUUCCAGAUAAUAAAAUAAUAAUUGUACAAGUACAAAAUGAAGAGGAGAAUGAAGAUGUACAAUCCGAUUCUAAUAAUGAUAAUUCCUCAAUUGAACAGCCACAAAUUUUUUCCUUACAAGAAGGAAGUAACUUCGCAAGAAAUUUGGUUAAUUUUCUUUUACAACAAGAUGAUGAUUUUGGUGUAUCAGUCGAAAAUUUGGAGAAAAUCUUUUAA